AUGGCCCCCGAUGCCGUUUCCCACCCCAGUCCCGUCGGCUCCGUGGCCUCGUCCGUGACCACCACCGUCCUGAACAACAACAACAAGCGCAGCGCCCCGGACACCAACCACAGCCCGGCCGGUCCCGGCCAUGCCGACUCCACCCCGACCGGGGCCGCGCCUGGCACCUCACCUGCUUCCCAGCCCGCCGAUACCAAGAAGCGUCGUACCGGUCCCGGAUCUAGGGGUGUCGCCAAUCUGACCCCGGAGCAGCUGGCCAAGAAGCGCGCCAAUGACAGGGAAGCUCAGCGAGCCAUCCGCGAGCGCACCAAGAACCAGAUCGAGACGCUCGAGCGCCGUAUCCAGGAACUCACCUCCCAGCAGCCCUACCAGGAACUCCAGGCCGUCCAACGCGCCAAGGAAGCCGUCGAGGCGGAGAACGCAGACCUGAAGCGCCGCCUGCAGGCCUUCAUCACCUCCAUCCAACCGCUGAUCUCUUCCCCACCAGCCCAACAGCCGGUAUCCGUAGACCCAGUCGUCUUCCCCUCCCCCAGCGGAAGCUACUCUCACCCGGUCCACCACCCCAACGGGCCCAUGUCCGCCAACAAUGCCUCGACACCAAACAGCGUCGCCUCGCCCGCCUCCCUGGAUCCCACGGCAAACUGGCAGACCCCGGGCGGCGCCAUCCCGGACCUCUCGCCCCCGAACCACAUGCACGCCGCCGGCAAGAUGCUGAACCAACAACGGCAGGAUCUCCGUCACGGCCUCGACCUCGGACCGGAGCGCCUGGGGCUCGACUUCCUCCUCGACUCCAACGCCCGCUUGGGCAAGAUCCAGAGCGGCACCAACGGUGCCCAGGACUCGCCGUCAUAUCACCAUGUCCCCAUGAAGCACGACUGGACCGGCGUCGGUCCCGUAUCCCACAGCCGGAGCCCCUCCAUCAGCGGUCCGACAGUCCACACCCCCCGUUCGCAGAUGGACUACCCCCCACCAGCUCAGUCGACACCCUCAGCGCCCUCGGAGCCGCGAGGGUUAGCAAGCUACUCCGCCGAAGUCAAAAACUGCGGCCCGACCUGCCCCCUCGACUCCCUCCUCCUCGACUUCCUCCACGAGCGCCGCCAGCGCGCCGCCGACGGCCUCCCGACCCAGGAGGUCAUCGGCCCGCGCUACCCCUCCGUGCUCUCCCUCCUCAACCCGGCCAACAGCAAGUACUCGCACCCGCUGUCGAAAGUCUUCACCGACAUCCUCGCCACCUUCCCGGACCUGUCGGCGCUGCCGCAGCGCGUCGCGGUGCUGUACAUCAUGUUCCUCAUCAUGCGGUGGCAGAUCUCGCCCACGCGGGAGAACUACGAGCGGCUGCCCGAGUGGGUGCGCCCGCGCGGCGCGCAGCUCCUCGCCGAGCACCCGGCCUGGAUCGACCACGUGCCCUUCCCCGCCAUGCGCGAGAAGCUCUGCCGCGACUACAACCCGCGCGAGUACCUCUUCGACAACUUCUUCGUCCCCUUCACCACCACCCUCAGCCUCAACUGGACCUACGAGGACACGGACACCCUGCUGCAGGUGCCCGACUCGGACGAGGUCGUCAUCAACCCGGUCUUCGAGCGCCACCUGCGCCGGCUGGAGAACUGGACGCUCGGGCAGGCGUUCAACCAGACGUUUCCCAAGCUGGCGGGGACGUAUAACCUGAAGCUGUGA